AACUGUCGCCAUUUUGAGUGACUGAGUUUCAUUUCACCUCGCAACUGUAAGGACGGAGAGACCUUCAGGAACGUUUCAGCAUGUUUCUCUUUGAAACUGUAAAUGGGAAUUUAACUGCUAUGAACUGAAACUCUUCCUAAAAUCAAUCAACAAGUAGAUCAAAGUCAAGUAACGCAUAAGCCAGUUGAAUCCUGAGUCGAUUUUUUGCACUGAACUGUAGUCCGUUAGAGGAAAUGGCUGUGGAAAGCAUGACUGUCCAUCCAAACUCCCCAACAGCCAACCACGAACACAACAGCCUUCUCACUGACGAAAGGCGAGAGGAUGAAGAGCUGGAAGAGGGGGAGCUGGAGGAUGAUGGAGGCGAUGUGGAAAUGCCCAGCACUGAGGGACAAGAGCCCGAGGAGAAGCCCAGCCGUGUAAAGGAGCGACACGGCAGUGAGUCAGAUGACGAUAAGGCCCACCGUCGAAAGAAGAAAAGGAAGAAAGAAAGAGAGAGAGACAGAGAGAGAGAGAAGGAAAAGCGGAGAUCAAGAAAGAGACGCAGAUCAAAACACAAGCGUCAUGCAUCGUCUAGUGAUGACCACUCAGACUACAGUGAUGAAUCUGACUACAGUCCUAGCGAGAAAAGGAAGUAUCGGGAAUACAGCCCUCAGUACCCACCUUCAUCUCAUGGAGGCUAUGGUCCUGCACCUCCCUCAGGACAUGGAGGACCUAUGUCAAAGAAAGGCAGCUACAUGAAAAUGGACAAACAGGGGUAUGGUGGUUACGAUGAGUAUGAUGAUGAGAACUAUGAGGGUGAGGAGGAUGAGGACAUGGGUGAAGAUGACUAUGAUGACUUCACCAAGGAGCUUAACCAGUACCGCAAGGCCAAAGAAGGUGGUGGAGGUGGACCGGGCAACCAGCGUGGCAGAGGUCUUAAAGGCCGAAUGAAAAACCAGAGAGGCCGAGGCAGAGGAGGAAUGAGGGGCCGUGGUGGUAGAGGUGGAAUGCGAGGUAGAGGACGAGGUAAAAUGGGAGGCGAGAAUGAUGACGGGGAUGGCAUGUAUGGAGAUGAGAUGGAGUACGGCGAUGAUGACUAUGACAUGGGUGAUGAUGAUUAUGAUGAUUAUUCGAAAGAACUGAAUCAGUACAGGAAAUCCAAAGACAGAGGGCGUGGUGGCAAAGGUGGCAGAGGUCGAGGACGGGGGAAGGGGGGCAGAGGUAUGAACCGUGGACGGGGAAGGAAUCGUGGGAGGGGUCGUGGAGGCGACCAAGGCCAUGAUGAUGACAACAGUGGAGAUAUGGACAUGGGGGAUGGAUCCGUUGGCCAGAGGAAGCAUGAGCAGGAGAAGCAUGGGCAGGACAAGAAGGGCAAGGCCAUUUGCAAGUACUACAUUGAAGGUCGCUGUACCUGGGGAGAACAUUGCAACUUCAGUCAUGACAUUGAGUUGCCCAAGAAGAAAGAACUCUGCAAGUUCUACAUCACUGGCUUCUGUGCUCGGGCUGAAAAUUGUCCUUACAUGCAUGGUGACUUCCCCUGCAAGCUGUUCCACACUACAGGCAACUGCGUAAACGGAGAUGACUGUAUGUUCUCUCAUGAACCUCUAUCAGAAGACACACAAGAACUGCUAGAUAAGAUGUUGGCUGAGGAUGCUGAAGCCGGUGCUGAGGAUGAGAAGGAAGUGGAGGAGCUGAAAAAACAAGGCAUUAAUCCCCUCCCCAAACCCCCACCUGGUGUGGGACUUUUACCCACACCCCCAAGGCCUGGCCCAACAGAUUCCUCGACUCCAAUAGACUUUGGGGCGCCAGGGCCACAGCAUGGCAGCAUACCUUCUAAUGGUCCCUCAUGCCCAGGCACUGCACCAGUACCAGGGCAUGAGGGACCACCUCCCCCCUGCCCUGAAGGAGGAUCUUUCCAGGGCUCACCAAACCAUGGUCCGUCUCCACCAGCCAUUGGUCCACCACCUCCCUGUGGGGGUAACACGGGAAAGAAGAUCCCAUCCUUGUUCGAGAUUGUUGUGAAACCCACUGGACAACUAGCGCAAAAACUAGGCGUCAGAGGUCCGAAUCCUGCCACUGCUGCUACAGGUGCUGCAGGAACUCAAGGCCCACCUCCAUGUCCUCCAGGUGGACCUCCACCUCGUUUUCCUGCUGGACCACCACCUGGUCACAUGCCACCAAAUGGGCCUCAUGAUCUGCCACCCAUGGGCCCACCAAACAUGAACCAAGGCCCCCCAGGAAUGAUGCAGAACUUUGGCUCAGCAGAAGGACCUCCAAACCAGGCCAUGAUGCCACCUGGGGGUGGUUCUGCUCGCAAUUUUUAUGACGCUUUCUACCAGCAGCAGCAAAGCAUAGGAACAGAAGGGGGAGGUGGAGAGGGUGAUGGCUACAUGGUAGGACCUGGUGGAAACUUCAGCGAGCAGUCAUCCGGGAACCAGCAUUCUGGCAAUAUGGAGGGCCCAUCAAAUGGAGGCUCAACUAAUCAGUCUGGAAUAACGGUGCCAGACUUUUUGCCUCCAGCACAGCGUGUGCUGUUUAUGAGGAUCCAACAGAAACAGCAGGAAGAAGAGGAGAGGGCCAGGAGGCUAGCUGAAGGAGGUCCAGAUCGAGACAAUGAAGGUGAUUCAGCAAAUUGGUAUUCUAGUGAAGAUGAAGAUGGUGGUGGAAGCGUCACGUCAAUCCUGAAAACCUUACGGCAGCAAAGCCAAACCCAGGGGCCCUCGAAACCUGAAGGUGCUCCCAGCGACCCCCGACUACAGAAGGCUCAGCCUGCUCCGGUGCCCAGCAGACCAGCUGACCCCAGGCUGGCCCGAGACCCUCGCUUAUCACGUAACGCAGACUCCUCCCAGGUUUCAGAGACUAAUCUCUCCUCUCCUCCAUCCUCCUCUGCACCCACAGACCCACGACUCGCACGUCAGGCUGCUACAUCCAAACCCGAGCCCCCACUAGUGUAUAAACCACCGCCCCUUACUUCUGCUGCUACUGAAGAAGAGGAGGGAGAGAGAAUGCUGAGGGACAAGCCUAUCCCUAUACCAUUGGAUCCCUUAAUGGGCAUGGCUUUGCGUGACCCCCGCUCACAGCUCCAGCAGUUCAGCCAUAUCAAAAAAGAUUUGGUCUUGAACAAGCCUUCUUUUGCUAAGGCUGUGCUUUGGAGUCCUGAAGACCUAAUUCCCAUCCCCAUCCCCAAGCAGGACUUUCUCCCACUGCCCCCAGGUAUCCCUCCAGUUGCAGCCAUAGAUCCCCGGCUCUCCCGUGCCCAGCAGCAGCUCCAUACAGCUAUUUCAACUCCUCUGCCUGCCCCGGCACCCUCUGCCGAACCUCCCAGCCAAUCCUCCUCAUCCACUUCCUCCUCCUCCUCCUCCCUACCAGACUUUGAGCUGCUCUCUCGUAUUCUUAAGACUGUUAACGCCUCUUCUUCCAGUCCUUCCCAAACCUCUUCAUCUGUGGUUCCUCCUGCACCCGUCCCAGCUGAAAAGCCAAUGGACCCUCGCAUGGCCCGCAAAAUCACAGACCCUCGGCUUCAACCGCAGAAAUCUGCUCUCAAGCAGCCCACAGAGCCUACAGCCUCACAAACCUCUGCACCUUCUGGACCUCCUGCUCCAUCCUCGCCCACGCACACUAUUGCACCCUAUGACCCACGUCUAUUCUCAGUGGGUGGAGCAGGGCGAGGGGGUACAGGGGGUACUGCAGGAUCUGGCAGCAAUGUGCUCAGUAGUAUCAGUCUGUAUGACCCACGCACACAGAGUUCAGACAAACCAGAGAGUUCAGAGGUCACCACCACGACAACCGAGACAAAAGCCAGUGACAGCGUAACCUCUACGGCAAAGCCAAAGUCCAAAGAGCCGCUGUUUGUUCGAAAAUCAGCCCUGGACCAGCCCGAACCAGAGAAAAGCAGCAGUGAGCAAGCCACUGACCGUUACAACAGCUACAACCGACCUCGGCCCAAGCCUUCGCCCUCACCCAACGCAGGAGGUGUAGGAGGAACUCCCCCAACAGGAGGUUCCUCUCAAAAUCCUCAGGGCACUGCCGGAGCUACAGAACCACCAGCAGGAGUCCACAACCUUCCUGUCUCCAGUCUUUUUAGCAUGGUUAAGCAAGCUAGCAAGCCCAGUGGCACAGGCAGCCCGUUUGGUGGCAACAGCCCAGCACAACCAGACACUGCUGAACAGGACAACGCCUCCUUAAAGGAGGUUUUCAAAGGCUUCGACCCUACUGCCUCACCAUUCUGUCAGUGAACUUGAACUUGCAGCUCUGAUGCUAAGCCGGCAAUGGGGCACCUUACACACCACGGCUCAGUAUUCACAGGAAUUUAUAUGGGCUGGGGAUAUGGUUGGGCGGGAAUACAUUAAGGAUAUAUGGUGAGAGAGGAUUUAAAAAAUCUAUAUAAAUGUCUAUUUUAAAACCAAAUGGGUAAAAUAUUUAAAACACAUUCAUUUUAAAACCUUCUCAGAGUGUAAGAAUAACUUUGGGUUUUUGAAGAGACAUUUUCCUUAGCUAGUACUAUGAUUUAGCUGAAGGACGACCCAUACGCCAUUGUGAACUGCCUGUCCCUUCUGCCAGCCCUUUCUCUUCAGCAGUGUAGAUUUCUGGAUCUUACCUUUUGAGUACAAGGUGUGAUUACAUCAGUAGAUCAAGCACUGUAUAAUAUCCCGUCUACUGCAAGACCAGUGUGCACAAGUACAUUGCCACACCCAUGCUUUAACAGCAGCUGGUCACCUUUCAGUGAUUAAAAUACUUUUAAAACUCUUUUAGCUUUCUCUUUGUCAGCACUCAGUCAAAUGUAAAUUUUUUUUUUUUUUUUUUUUUUUUUUUUUUUUUUUUUUUUUAAAUAUAUGUAUGUUUAUGGGCACCUUCCUUCUGCUUGGGACUAUGAACCUCUCUUUCUGAUUAACAAAACUGUAUACUGAAACCGACAUCUGUUAAUAGUGUUUGUGAAAUCGUUUUAAUUUAUUUUUUUAUACUUAUGAGAAAUGUUUGUUUUUCAUGUGGCAGUAGAAUAUAAUCAUUAUAUAUACACUGCAUACAGUACAUUUAUACACACACACAUAUAUAUAUAUAUAUAUAUAUAUAUAUAUAUAUAUAUAUAUAUAUAUAUAUAUAAUUAUUUUUUUCCCCACCUGUAUUGUACAUGGACUUGUGAUGUGCAUCUGUUAAUGGGCACAAACAAUUAAGUAACAAUUUUGUCUCUCAGCAAAAAUAACUGUUCUUUCCAACUUACCUUGAAACACGAUUUUUUUUCAUAAGGACGGCUUAAAAGAAUCAACUUUGUUUUUUGUUUGGGUUUGCCCUUACAAAGAACUUUGUAUAUUGAUAAAUGUCCAUAUUUGACAACAGGUAACAUUUUGUAAACAUUCAGUGUAGGUAAGGUUGUGAAAUAUUUAAUAAAGGAAAUGCAAGAUUCAAUGUGCUAAAGGCUCAGGAAUUGGAUAAAUGUGUUUAUACCACAGUGCUGUUCUCUAAUCUGAUGGGUCAGAAAGUGUUGAUUUACUUUUUUUUUUUAACAGCAUGGCUCAGACAAUAGUGUCAGCACUUGUAUGGCAGACGUGCAAUUUUACACUGAAAACAUAUUUAAAUAUUAUUUCCCAAUGAAAAAAAAGUUUUCCGCCACUGGAAAGUCUUAGGACUUUGUGCUUUCUGGUUGUGUUUUUUGUAUUAUUAACUUGAGGAGAAAAAAAAUGAGAGGUUGGUUAGAGAAUGAAUGCUUAUAGCUGCUAUAAUGUAAGUGAUAACAGCAACUAUGAUGUCUCACAGAUGUUCCACAAAAUUAAAUGUAACUAUUAAAGGUUAAAAAGUA